AUGGCGACCGCCGAAACAGCGCCGCCUUUAACCAUACAGCCUCCGGCUAUCGAGCCGCUCUCGGACGACGAUGGCUCGAGCCCACUCUCCGACCUGGGCGGCUCUCAAAACGACCUGGAGCUCCCAGACGACAGCCCUCGACCUGUCCGCGAAGAGCCGAGCGACGACGAAGGCAACGAUACCGAGGCAGAGACCGAGCGGCUCUAUCCUACACCGCACAACCCCACCCGUCACACUGACGCUCUAGGCGGGGGCCCGACCUUUGAGCGGACGCCGACUAAGCUUCGGCAGGGCACUCGCGUCGACGACGACGAAGAUGAACCACUAUCAGAGCUUCAGGGCUCAUUUACAUCGAGUCCUCCUCGUGCUCACAGCUCUGGCCCGCCUAGUGCUGAGAAAUUGCAGUCUCCGACCCUUGACAUCCUCGCCGAGGCCGCGGCAGCCCAAUUUUCUGAUGCGCGAAAGCGAAAGCGCUCGUCACAACCACCAGAUAACAACGAAGAAGAUCAGCCUUCACGGAAACGCUCUGCAUCGCCUUUCGCCGCUGGUCAAGCUGACCAGGAUGGCGAUGUUGCCAUGGCAGAUGACGAGGAGCCUUCGACGAACACCAACAGUGGUGACGAGGCCGUUCUGCAGUCGGCCACAAAUGGAGACAUUGACGAACAAGGCGAUGAAGCAGAUGCUGAAGCACAGAUUGAGGAAGAAUCGCGCGCACAGAGGCAGUCUCGAGCAGGUUCGAAGAAGCGCAAAUCCGCACGAGCAGAAAGCGAUGAGCCAAUGGAGGAAGCUGCUGAUGGCACGACUGCCGAAGAAGAUGGCCAACAUACAGGAGAUGACGAGCAAGCCGAAGCUGAUAUCGAUGAGGAGGCCGAGGCUGCUCAGAGGACUGAGGAAGAACUCGAACGAAAGAAAGCAGCAUUUGAUAUGUUAACAAACAUAGAAAAGCAAUUCGCUACGUUCAGGGAAAGGCUGUACGAAGAAAGGCUCGACCAAUUGAACAGGGAAGAGGCUAUGCUCAAAGCCGACAACCCUACGCACCCAGAUUACUUAGCCAUGAUGGGUUGCAUCAAUGAUCGGCGAGAUGAGAAGCUGCGCAUAGCUGAGAACGAGUUCGCAUUGAAUAUUGACACCUUAGGGAGAUGGGCAGUCGCCAGACGCGCCCAAAUCCAUUCACAAUACUACCAAGAUGUGCGAGAGACCAGGGAAAGAAUCCUUGGUGAGCUUGGCCAGUACUGGUAUGCCAUUCAACACGAAAGACGGAAGCACGCCAACAACGUACACGACUUCGGUCUCCGCUUUCCCCAGACCCAGCCGCAAAGAGUCCGCGAUGCAAUGGCCUACAAUAAGGAAGUGGCCAUUUUGUCAGGCAUUGCCAAGUACGAGGGUAUGCCUGCUGCACCGGAUAUGCGCGGCGCAUCUGCACAAGAAUUUGAGGAUGAUUUCGAAGCCAUGACUCGUGGAAGAGCACCCGUGGCACAACAUCAUGAACCUGCCAGAUCAGUCUAUUCUGAUAUAAGAGGCAUACCGCCAUUUGGCCAAGGAUUAAGUGCUGCCGCUGAGCAGUUUAUAGAACAAAAUGCCUGGGCAAACCCUCGUCACCCAUCCAACGCCCAUUUGCUGCAGCGGCAGCACUCGCAACACGAGCCUCGGAGGCGUAGUCCGGCUGCGGAAGCAUCAAGCUCGCGCCGCCAUUCACACCAACGCCCACCCUUCUCUUCAAGCACAAUAUCAAACGCGUCAAACUAUACUCCGUAUAAUGCAAAUGCCGCAACCUCGAAUCAUGUAAACCGAGCUCCGACGACGUCCCCCGAGACUACACGCGCUGCAAGCCUGCUGGAACAGACGAGUGUUAGAAGCAUGAAAGCUGCUGCUGCUGCCGCCGCCGCCGCCGAAGCUGAACAGGGGAGGGCUGUUAAAAGGGAAGCCGCUCCUCCAGUAGGCGGCUUUUGA